GCGGCAGUACCACCACGUGUAGCGUCCGCAUCCGAUGGAUUCAACGCUAGCAGCAACAAGGCACCCAUUUCCAUUUCCCUGUAGCUGUAGUGCUGUACUGUUACCCCGGCGACGGACGCUUUGCCCGGCCUUUGGCGCAGUCGUCGUCUCGUCGGUCGUCGCUCGCUCGCACAAACUCUAGUUGCGCGCGCGUGUUGCCGUGUUCUGCCCAGACCACCCAUGGCGGUCAGCGCGAGCGCCUUUGGCGGACAUGUCGUCGGGGCGCUAAAGGGCCUGCUGCUCAACGGUCCGCUGCCGCGCAAGGCGGGCGCGGAGCUCCAUGAGAAGCUGAAACAAGAGGUGCGCUACGCGGCGGACGCCGAGAACCGGGUGCUCGAGGACGACCGCGCGCGGCGGUGGCUGGCGGAGCUGCGGCGGGUGCUGUACAGAGCGGACGACCGCAUCCUGCAGGCGUACGACGCGCAAGAGCAGCAGCGGACGACGGCGUCCGUAUUAUCUCUACCGAUCAUGCGCCGUUUUACCAUGGACAUGUACAUCAAGCGAGAGAUAAGCAGCUUGCUCAAGGACAUAGAUUUACUAUCCGAGAACCGUCCUCCCGCGCUCACGAGCAGCGAUACGGCAACCUACCAGCACGACGGCAGAUCGUCGUCAUGCGACGGUCUGGACGACGACCUCGUGCGCCAUGGCAGCAGUCUAGUGGAGGCAGAGAAGAUCGAGAUGAGGAUCCUGCCACUGGUCGACAAGCUGACAGAGCACCACGAGCCACCUCGCGAGUUCCUCAUCUUCGCGAUCUACGGGCCGGGAGGGGUGGGGAAGACGACCGUGGCCAGGAAGAUCUUCGACGACCAGAGGACGCAGAGCGCCUUCAGCGCGCGCGCGUGGGUGUCCAUCUCCAGGGCGUCCACCGUUGCCCAGAUCCUACAGGCAACCUGCGCCGCCAUAGGCGUCCUUCAAGGGCCCAAAACGAAGGCGGACGCGCUCCAGACGCAGCUGGCCGACAGGAUCGAGGGCAGGCGGGUCUUUCUGGUCUUCAACGUGCACAACGGCGGCGGCCCCUCGAGCCACCACCACCAGGGCGGCAGCACAGGCGCCGAGAUAUUCGGGAACCUGGUCGAGGUCCUCAAGCUCUUCCGCGCCGCCCAGGGGAGCCGUGCCCUGGUGACGACCACCGACGAGAACGUCGGGAACGAGAUUCGGUCGGCGCAGAUCCAGAAGGGCGCCGCCGAAGGGUUCGGCCUCCAGACCGACCGCCUGUGGCAGCUGCCCGUGGAAGACGGCUGGGCGCUGCUCCUCCGGGCAGCCGGUCUGGAGCCGGCGAAGGUCACGCCUGAGCUGAAGAAGGUCGGCGUGGCGAUCGUGCAGAGGUGCAACUGCCUCCCUCUCGCCAUCGAGGCCGUCGGCGGCCUUCUCCGCCGGAAGGGGUACGCGCAGGAGGAGUGGGAGCGGGUGCGCGAUAGCGAAGCGUUUGAGCUCAAGGAUCCUGCCACGGGGACCCAAGGAGGGGCUGGGAGCAGCGUGUACCUGAGCUACCAGCACGCGCCGCCGCGCCUGAAGCAGUGCUUCCACUAUCUCUCGCUUUUCCCUGCGGACGUCGAGAUCGAGCGGCGCCGUGUCACUCAGCUGUGGAUCUCGGAGGGUUUAGUUGACCCUGGCUCGUCGGAAGAGGGGUCCAGCACCAGCAGCCGCAGCCGCAGGCACCACAACAACAACACGCAGGAGACAGCCGCCGGUGAGCAGCAGAGUGGCGCUUCCCAAGAGGGGUCCAGCAGGUCCAGCAGGCACAACAACAACAACAACAACACGCAGAGUGGCGCUUCCACUGAAAUCGCCGCCGCCGCCGCUGCUGAUGACGAUGAUAGAGAGGACAGCACUUCCUCAUCCCAAGGGCCACCUAGAGAGCUACCUCGCCUCAGCAGCAGUAGACACCAUUCUCCAAGAACUAGUCUACCAGAUACCAUGCCGAGCCAUCGUUCGGAUCAAGAAGAGGUGGCUGACUGCUACUUGACAGAACUCGCAGGGACGGGCCUUCUUCAACGAACAAACAGAAGGGGUCAGUACAAGAUGCACGAUCAAGUCAGGAAGAUCGCAGAGUCCCUGACUGAAAACGAGGUGUGCGCUGGCGAUCCCAGGUACGCGGCUACUACUACACUGCCGGAGAACCUGAUUCGUCUGUCGUUCCUGAACAAAGGACUCGCCGCUCUCCCUGAAAACGUCGCGAGGAUGACGGGUCUGAGGACGCUGCUCCUGUCCGGCAACCCACUCGGCGAAACCGACGUGGACACCGUGUGCAAGAACCUGGGAGGAUCACUGCGAGUUCUCGACCUCUCAGAAACAGAGAUCCGAUCUGUUCCGAAGUCCUUGGGAAAUCUGGCGCGCCUUAGGCACUUGGAUCUUUCUCGUACGAAAAUAACAGCAGUCCAUGAGUCCGUCGGCCGCCUCAGGAGGCUGCGGUUCUUGGGUUUGCGGGGGUGUGGAGAUCUCACUUCGCUUCCCAGAAGCAUACACAAGUUAGCGAAGUUGGAAUACCUCGACUUCAGAGACAGUGGCGUUGCCAAUUCCACAAGGUCGUUGCACAGCCUGAGGCAUCUUACUCUCCUUCAUGGCUUUGUGGUCGACAGCGUGUCUUCUUCAAAUGCCGUACUUCUGGAAGAUCUGAAGCACAUGAGCCGUCUAAGUGACCUGCAGAUAAACAUUACAAAAACCGUAGCAGGAAAGAAUGCAGACGACAAGAUGCUGAAGGAGAAAGGCAGUCUCAGAAACCUGGAGCUCAGAUGGUGUCCUGUUAGCUCAGCGGUGGAUCCGAAGACACUGGAAACAAUGCUGACGCAGCUUCAUCCUCAUCAGUGUUUGGUGUCGCUCAAGAUCGACGGCUACCAUGGAGCUGCCUAUCCAGAAUGGCUGUGUUCCUCUGACCUUCCGAACCUACAGCGCCUAAGCCUGGAAAACUGCUGGUCCUGGGAGAGGUUGCCGCCGAUCUGGCAUCUCCAGAAGCUGAGGUCUCUCAGAAUGGCCAACCUCCCCAAGCUGCAAAGAAUCGAUAUGCCACAGCCACCAGCGGAGGCGGCGGCGGCGGCGUUUCCUAACGUGGAGGAGAUGGAGGUCGAGGGCAUGGAAGUUCUGGAGUGCUGGUCAGACUUCCAACCCGGCGACCUGCUGCAGCUGCGCAAGCUGGCGCUCAGACGGUGCCCGAAACUGUGCAGUCUCCCGGGCUUGGAGCACUGCAAGGUGAUAUCGACGAUGGAGCUGAAGGACGCAGAACUAGUACAUGAACUCGCGAACAUCCCCGUGCAGGAGCUGGUCGUGGAGGCAAUGCCGAGUCUUACGCGAGUGUCGAACCUCCCGCUGAUGAAGGUCUUCACGGUGGUCGGCUGCCCGCAGCUGGAGAGGCUGUCGGGGGUGGACUCGCUGCAGCACGUCCACGUGCGAGACGACGAGCACCAGCUGCAGCGGCUUCCGGCGUGGCUGGGGGGCCAGCAGCAUUUCCCGAGGAUCGAGACGCUGGACGUGGAAGGCGGAGAGGAGCUCCUCGCGAGGUGCGAGCGCGGCAAUGAGGACUGGCACAUCGUCCGGGAGAUCCCGCGCGUCUACGCGUACCGUUCGCCUGGCAGGCUGCCGUACUUCUCGUACGCCCGGGGCAGCGACUUCUUCUGCAGGCACAAGGCGCCGCAGGGAGCAGAUGCGCCGCGCAAGGGCCGCCCUCUUCGCUCGCCGGAGUCUGCGGCCUCGUCGUCGUCGUCGCCGUCCAGGCCCGGAGGAGGAAACGAUGCUGCAGCAGCAGAAGCAGCUCCGGCCGAUGAGGCCCGCAGGAGGUUCUGGUCACGGGGACCGCGUCCGGUUGACGAGACCUACAAGAAGUUCUUGUCGGUGAUGUCUCUGUUCGUCGUGAUCGUGCUCUGGAUGAUCACGAGCCUCACCGACUCCCAUCGCAACCUGCUGGAGGACAUCGCCUUGUUUUUCUUCUACGUCUGCACGGUGUGCUACUUCAUUUUUUUGGUGACGAAACGGCGCAAUGUGUAACCUGGAUGUGCCACUGUAAUAUGCCCUCUCCUCUUGUAGUCAUUUUGUGCAUUAGUUAUUUUCGUUGACAUUUCUGGCUUUGCCCAUGAACUCUUUUGUACACUGUAAUUUUUUACUAGUAGUAGAUGAUUUUAUUUACAGCUA